AUUUUGUUGUAGACCUCACAAUCUCCACCAUUAUUGUGUUAGAGGAAUUGUUUUAGUAAAACAAAGUUAAUGUUGUGUAAGUUGGUAAUUUUUUAGUGCUAAAAACUUGGAAGCAAUCUAAUUUUUAGUUACAAUGGUUUUGGUUGUUUUUGCCUUGUGUUUUACUGAGCAGCCAUUUUUUUGUAGUCCUCAGGAAGAGGGAGGAGGUGGAUAUGAGGUUGGAGGGAGAAGAGGAGGUAAUAUUGUCUUCUUUUAUGAGAGGAGGGGGUCCCGGCAUUCUGUGUGGACAGGAUAAAGUGGGGGUGUCAUGUAAGCCAGGCCAAGUGUGUCAUUCUGCGCCGAAGAGAACUGCAAGAGCUGGACCGAAGAGGAAGUCAGGGACAACAGUGGAGCGUAAACAUUAGCCAAAUGGUUUAACGGAAGGUAAAUUUAAUACGUGAGAACGCACCUCCACAUAGAUCACCCGACCAAGGAUGGAGAAGGAGCGGAGUCACAUGACUGAAAGGAUAUUAAACCUCACCCUAGAGAUUGUUUACCUGCUGACUGGAGAGAAUUAUAUCGCUUUCAAAUUGUCUGAGGGCUUGGUUGCUUCCAACAUGAUGAAGAUUCAGAGACCUGUUAUAGAUCCUCCAUCUCACUCCCUGAGAAAGAACAAGAAGGUCAAAGAAGUCACCAGUGAGAUCAUUGAGCUGCUGACAGGAGAGGAAGUCACUUUCUCUUUCUGCACGUCUGACGUCAUGAUAGACAACCGGCCGCCCCUCACAUCACCGGAUGGAUCCAGUAACAGAAAUCCCCCAGAGAGAUGUCCCCGUCCUCUGUAUUCCCGGGACUCCACACAGGAACAUCCAGAGAUCCCUCAUCAUUAUCAGAUUGUGUCAGAUAUGAACCAGAAUGAUUUUAGAGAGGAAGAAGAAGAAUCUUGCAUAAGGGAUGACGAGUUGUAUAAGGAGGAGAUCCCUGCAGAGAUCAGCACAGACACCAGAGACACCCGAGAAAACUUUAAGGCUGAGGAGGAGGAGGAAGUAGAACACGUGAGGAUUAAAGUGGAGGACAUUCCUCCAGAGAUCUGCACAGACAGACAACACAAUAGGAAUAACAUGGAGAAAUUUCCCGUCACCUCUCAUGGAGUAGAAAAUGAGAUCAGAGAAGAUCCUACAGAAGAAAACUUUAUAGCGCCAUAUCUCCAUUCAAUCCUUCCUAGUGCAGAUCUGUCCUUUGAUGGCUCUACACAUGGGGGAAGCUUUUCCAGUUUCCCCCCUUCUGUCAGCCACCCCAUCGAUCAUAGAGAGGCCGAAAGGUUCCCGUGUCCUGUAUGCGGAAGAGUGUUUUCUCAGAGAGCGAUCCUCAUCUCUCACCAGAGAAAUCACACGGUGGAGGAGCCGUAUUCCUGCGCUAUAUGCGGCAAAUCUUUUUCUCGCAAAUCGACUUUUAUCGAGCACGAGAGGACUCACACGGGAGAGAAGCCAUACUCCUGUUCCGAGUGUGGGAAAUGUUUCACCCAAAUUGGGCAUCUCAUCGUCCAUCAGAGAAUCCACACAGCGGAGAAGCCAUAUCCCUGUACGGAGUGCGGGAAAUGUUUCACCCAGAUAGGGCACCUUAUUGUACAUCAGAGGACUCACACCGGCGAGAAGCCGUAUUCCUGUUCGGAAUGCGGGAAACGUUUUCCCAUCAGUUCGGCUCUCACAAGACACAAGAGAAUCCACACGGGAGAGAAACCAUAUUCGUGUUCCGAAUGCGGGAAAUGUUUUACUCGGAGGUCCUAUCUUUUUGUCCAUCAAAGAACUCAUAGCGGGGAGAAGCCGUAAACCCGUUCGGAAUGUAGGAUGUGGUUUACCAAGACUUGUCGGGAAAUACAGAGGCGGCUCUAGGCUUUGUGAGGCCUUAGGCCAGUG